UUAUAUAGUUAGAGCGAGAGUCAUGUAUGCAAUUUCUUUCGAAUUCAAACAUUAAACAACGUUCUCUCUCUCUUUCUUUUAUAUUUUCUUUUUCAUUCAGAGUUGUAUUAAGAUCACACUUUGAUCAUCAAGAAAUUUCAGAUGACAACAUUGAAGAAAGAUUCGAAGCCGAUCGUAAUCCGUCGAGUUUGGGCAUAUAAUGUCGAAGCUGAAUUUGCUCUCAUACAUCGUUUUGUCGAUAGGUAUCGGUUUGUUUCGAUGGACACAGAAUUCCCCGGCGUCAUUUAUUCAUCUAAAGUCGAUCGCCGUCACAUUCAACCUUCUGAGCUUUACAGUAACGUCAAGGCCAAUGUUGAUGCUCUCAAACUUAUUCAGCUAGGUCUCACUUUCUCUGAUGAAAAUGGCAACCUACCUGAUUUUGGAACCAGCAACUGCUUCAUUUGGGAGUUUAAUUUUCGUGAUUUUGACGUCAACCGCGACCCCCACAACAAAGAUUCCAUUGAUCUUCUCCGACGCCAAGGUAUUGAUUUCAACUGCAACGUCAUUCACGGUGUAAAUUCGUUACACUUUUCUGAGUUGAUGGCAAGGUCUGGGCUUGUCUGCAAUGAAAGAGUGACGUGGGUGACAUUUCACGGCACCUACGAUUUUGCAUAUCUUGUGAAGAUACUAACACGGAGUAAUCUUCCGGAUAGCUUGGAAGGCUUUUCGUGUGUGUUGAGAUUCCUAUUUGGAAGGAGUUUAUAUGAUAUGAAACACAUGAUCCGUUAUUGCAAUGGACUAUAUGGAGGUCUCGAAUGUGUUGCUAGUACUCUUAAGGUUGGCCGAAUCGCUGGAAAAUCCCACCAAGCCGCGUCUGAUAGUCUGCUAACGUGGCAGGCGUUUCAAAAGAUGAUACCCAUAUAUUUCGGAAACAACGAAGCUACAAAUCAUGCUGGAAUGAUUUUCGGAUUAGAAGUUACAUCUCAGUAAAAUGUAAAAUCGAAUAUUGAACGAUCAAAUGUAAAUUGCCAUAGUUUUAUUCUGUUUUUCUUAUUUG